CGUGGAUACAAACACACCAUUUGCAUGCUCUAAUUUCCCAACGUCAAGGUCGCUGUCAGGCCUCAGCCACGGCUAGGGGAAUUUGCCUUGCAAGUUGGCUAAGUUCUCUUCUUUUCUUUCGGAUGGGUCUUAGGCCGUGAAUAUAUGAAGUAAACGAUCAAUAGCUGGAGGCAUGAUUUCUCCGACCAUGCGAUUUGAUCCCGAAGGAAAUUUCAGAAUUAGUUUUCAUGAAGAUUUCUUUUGAAAAUGACCGCCAAGGACAUGCAACGUUACCCUCCAAGUGAGAUCGACAUCCUCAUAGUAGGUGGCGGGCUUGGUGGCAUGACCGCAGCAAUAGAAUGCUACCGAAAAGGCCACAAUGUUCGGAUUAUCGAGAAGAGACCAGACUUUAACACGUUUGGUUCGUUCUGUGGGCAUAGGAAAGAUCCUCAUCUGAUUGUGUAUAGGUGACCUUAUCGGUAUUACUCGUAGUGCACAGCGAUCAAUGCUAAAGUGGCCUGGCUUCUUGGGAAGGUUGAUGAAGAAUGCUCUGCCUCCGACUCUAGAGUUCUACAAGUAUGAUGGCACAAUGAUUGUUAAGCUUGGCGACAGAGACGUCGGGAGGGAAGGCAUAAUUAGCGCACCCCUAUGGAGAAAUACACUACACUCAGAGCUUUAUCAGUACGCAAUAGAGCUUGGAAUUCCGAUUGAGUUUAAUGUGAAUGCAACGGAGUUUUAUGAGUCAAGCAGUAAAGGAUUCGUACGCGCAAAAGACGGAAGAAUUUAUGAGGCCGAUCUUGUCAUCGCAGCAGAUGGACUGUCUUCACGUUCGGAAAAGUUAAUCGCUAAGGAGUACGAGGCGCCUACAAGCAGCGAGUAUGCUAUUUACCGCACAAGCUUUCCACUAGAUCAUGCCCUGAAGAAUCCGGAUGUCGCAGCUUUCUGGGGUUCGGAGGAUUUUCAAGGAGUCCGAAUUUUCCUUGCUGAUGACUUGCACAUAGUGACGGCAAAAAGCACUAAGACCAAUAGAAUUACUUGGAUGAUGACGCACAAAGACGUGAACAAAUCGGCGUCUGAAGCGUGGUCCGCUGAUUGCCCGGCGUCAGAUGCUUUGGCCUUCGUACCGGAAUCUGCGGGUUGGCCAGGGUACAUUCGGGGACUCAUUAAACAGACACCAAAUAACAGAUGCGUUAAUUGGAGCCUGAUGUGGCGAAGCCCGAGAGAAGACUGGGUAUCUCCUAAGGGACGCGUUGUGCAAGUUGGCGACGCUUGCCACCCGUUCAUACCGACCUCAGGUAGUGGAGCUGUCAUGGCUAUGGAGGAUGGGUAUUCACUCGCGGCUUGCUUGCAGAUAGCAGGUAAAGAUAAAAUACCCCUUGCGGUCAAGGUCCACAACAAGCUCAGGUUUGAAAGGGUCUCGUUCGCACAGAAGAUGGGGUUUGACACGAGAGAAUUUUAUCAUCACCCAAAUUGGGAUAAUAUGAUGAAGCACCCCGAAGCGUUGGGCGUAGUUAGGCCGUGGAUCCUUGAACAUGAUGCAGAGAAAUACGCCAUUGACAAUUUUGCAGCCUGCGCAAAGCACAUUAUCGAAGGUGCGCCGUUUGAGAACAACAACGGGCCGCCGGGAGAAAAGUACGUACCUUGGAAAAUAUCAGAACUGUUAGAAACAGCAGAGAGGAAUCGACAGAAACAGUUCACGAAGCUGUGAGGUCUGUUUUGGCGGCAAUGUCGACCUAAACCAAAUCGUGGACGAAUGGCCAUAUCAAAGCACUAGACUUUAUGCAGUGCAGCGUCCGAAAUGAAUUACAAUCACGUGCAUAGACUCUUUGUGCAGCACAUUCAUGGCCAAUAGAUAUAGCAUUCAUCCCGAUGGUGCUAUUUUGGCGGAGUAUUAUCUUGUGUGAUGGGACAG